CCUUUUCUCCGCGACUUGAAAGCAUUCCUCCAGCGUCUGUUUUUCCGAGCGGCGGGUCACCGUUCAUCUUGUCCCUGCGAGGCUGGAGUGCCGCCAUUCCUCACAGGCCCCGAGUGCCUGCGAGGGCCCGCUAACCAGUUUCACCUCGUCUCCCCCCCCACCGCUCAGCGCCAACUAUCGCUCUCCUCCCCUUCUCUUUUUUUUUUCUUUUUUUUCUCCUCCCCCUUCUCGUGUCCCUCACAAAUACAAAUUCCCGCUCCCUCCUUGCACAUAUUCUGAAUGGUUUGGAGUGUGUUCCUGCAGGCCCCUCGGGAAACAGCAGGAGGGAGGAGGAUGGCGACGGCGGGGAUGACGAGCUUGCCUUCUAGUAACGGGCCCCGCGGUGGUGGGGGGACGCCAGGGCCCGUAUGACCGCGCUGUUUGGGCAACAUGUCUGCUUUUCUACUCAACAGGUGAUCUCAAUCACAAUGAGGAUCUUGGAUGACACGGCCUCUUCCGCAACCAGCUGCCGCACUUGUGGAUUUUAAAUCAUGACAAAUUGUAGACUUUAAUAACAAUGGAGCUUCCGCCUGAGGCGCAAUUAGAGAGACAUCCAUCCACACCCUUAAGAUCGAAAAAAUGGGUCUUUUCAACACAGGGCACGUCUGCAGAAAAUGCUGUUAACAGCUCCCGGGCCCUCGCGAGGGACCAUCUAGAUGCUGAGGACUUGCACUGCUUGCAGUUGGAACUGGGACUCAACAGACUAAAGAACAAUUCUGUUGGUGUUGGCCUUAAUAAGACGGAAACUCUUGAGGAAUUUGUCCUGCAAGGGCAUAAUCAAGACCUGAAUUUACUUAUCUCACUACGGGAUCACUGUGGUCUUAGCCUGGACCCAAAAGGGGAGGAUCUCGCUGGGGGUCCAUGUCGCUCCCAGUUGGAACCGGUUCCGAAAGGACUAAAGGACAGUUCUGUUUGUGUCGGCCUUAGUAUUGAGCAACUUGCAGAGGAUUUACAUGGACAAAGAGAUUUACCAAAAGACCGACGUUUACUGAACUCACUGAAGGACUCCUGUGUUCCACGUCCUAUCCAAGAACUGAAAGGGGAUGAUCUUCCUGAUGUGUCCUGCUGCUACCGGUUUGAACCAGGACAAAACAUACAAAAGGGCGCUUCUGUUUGUGAUGGUCUUAAGAAAUCAGAACUUGUAGAGGGUGUGUUUUCUCAGGAGCAUAGACAAGGAGGUCUUCUGAGCUUACCUCAUAACCGAUGUUGCCCAUGUCCUGUCUUGGACCACAGAUCGGAUGAUCUUCUUCUCGGGGGUCCAUUCUGCUCCCAAUCGGAAAUGGUUCCUAAACAACUGAAAGACACCUCUGUUUGUGUCUGCCUUAAUAACCCGGAUGUUGUAGUGGAUACAUGCUUAGGAGAAGUGUCUGUGGUGCUUGGAGAUGAGCCUAAAGUUCUUGGUUUUCUCAGCUUACCUCAUGAUCGGUGCGGUCUUGUCCAGGACCUCGGAGCGAAUUAUCCUCUUCCUAAGCCUCAAUGCUGCUCACAGUUGGAACCGGGCAAUGGACUAAAUAAUGGCUCCGUCUGUGUCUACCUCAGUGACUUUGUAGAGGAUCAUGGUCAAGUGUCUGUCGUACAUCAAGAGUUUGAGCCUCAGAUUCAUUCGGUUGACACAGUGGACUUGGACUGUGAGGAUGGAAAUGUAGUAUUCAGGACUCUCUCAAGUGGCCAUGUCAGUCAAACUUCAGAGGAUCGUCACAUAAGCUCCUCACCCACAGCUAAUUCCCACCGAGGAUCUGUUGAACUGCCCCGCAUCAUUAAACACAAGCAGAGUUCCAUCACCUUCUCGGACCACGCCAAGUGUCGCACCCGCGUCAAAACCAGCUUGGACGACGGGGAGUCCUCAGGGGACGACGUGUACGACGAUCAAGCCGAUGACGACGAGGACGACGAUGUGUUCCCGGAGCUGCCGCCCAGCGAAGAGCUCCGGGCCAAUCGCAGUCACAGAAAGGACAGCGGCACGAAGCGGAGCCGCUGCGUAAGCGGCCCCACGGGAAGCGACACGUGUGGUUAUGAAGCAGAGGCAGAAAGCAGCAGUAAGGAGGAGUCCCCGCAGCUCAAGUCUCCGUGGGCCGAGUCCAUGAGCCAGCUGAUGAGGAAGCUGGAUGCGCUCAAUCUGGACAUCGAGGAGGCUCUGAGCGCAGGCUCCUCGCCCUGUGGCACACCUGGCACCGACCGCAAGAAACAAGCGAGUCGCGGAAAGCGCCCCGCUCCGAACCAAAGUCUGAAUGGGCGAGCUGAGCGCGGGGAAUGGUCGAGCCAAAGCGGGUCUUGUGUUCCUCGCGGCGCCUCCGCGGGGACGAGAGCGAGAAGCAAGAAGGCGGUUUUCAACAAGAUGGCAAGUGAUGCAGGAGCAGAAGUCGAGGCGAAGGAGGCGUGCGACUGGCUGCGGGCCGCCGGAUUUCCCCAGUAUGCUCAGCUCUUUGAAGACUCCCAGUUCCCCAUCGACAUCAGCCCUGUCAAACGAGACCAUGACUUUCUGGACAAAGAUCUCGUUGAGCCUCUUUGCAGGCGACUCCACACCUUGAAUAAGUGCGCCUCGUUAAAACUUGACGUGAACGUCCCGAAGAAAAAGAGCGAAGACUCUGAUGAGGAAGACCUGUUUGCCAUCAGCGACAAAUGGACCUUUGAGUGGAGCAGCCGGCGCUGGUCCAGGCUGCAGGACAUCGACUGCCUUCUGGGAAAGCGAGGAUCGGAGCCGUCCGCUGGUGACAACGGGCCUCUAAGAGCAACAACCAGCAGCGAAAGUGUUUUGACAGACCUGAGUGAGCCGGAGCUAUCGUCAGUACAUAGCGAGAGCAGCGGGGGCAGCGGUCCUCGGGGUCUCAGCGCCGAGGACUCUGACUGCUCCAACCGCACCCGCUCGGAUUCCGGAGCCAUGCCGGACUCGACGCUGCUUACAAUGUCUCACGUCGCGAAAGACAUCAGCCGUUACGGCUCGCUGCCUCACAAGCACGGCAAGACAAGUCGCACCCGUGCCAAAGACUUCCUGAAACGCAUGGAGACGCUGCGCUCUCGGGGAGCGCUCGCGAGGGGUCGCAAGACCUUGGUCAUCGGUUCGCCGGUGCUUCAGCGGGAGGCCCGCGCCCACGAGGGGCUGCCGUGCGCCGAGAUCCUAAACGGAGACGGCGGGGCUCCAGAGCCGCCGUUCCCCAAAGUUCCGUCCCAGUCCGGCAGCGAAGGUAGCGGCCAUUCCGGCGGAAGCGCCGGCAGCACACCCAGCCUUACAGAGCGGAGGCCGUACCGGGCCGACCACAAGCGCAGCGGCAUGUAUUUAGAAGACGUCGACAUCUUCUCUGGCAACCAAGUUGCGGAACAAAAUCGCAGAAAUGAAUUCUGCUCCUACGAGGACCUGGUGGUCCAUAUUCCCAAUGACCACAAGCCAGGAACCUUCCCCAAAGCACUAUCUAUUGAAAGCCUAUCGCCAACCAACGGAGCCUCAAUAAACUGGCACACGGGCAGCAUGCACCUGGACUCUUCGCUCAUUUCAUGCCGGCAGGAAGCCAGGCCUGUCACACGGUGCUGUUCUCGAGGAAGCCGCAUCAGCGUUUAUGACAAUGUUCCUGGCUCCCAUCUCUACGCCAGCACCGGGGACCUUAUCGAUCUGGAGAAAGAAGACCUGUUUCCGCACCUGGACGAUAUUUUGAUGCAUGUCAGCGGUCUGCAGCAGAUAGUAGACCAUUGGUCCCAAAAUGUACUGCCCGGCGGGGAAGGGGGGCCAAGGGAAGAUACGAGUCAGAUCACGCUAGACUUUGAGGCAGAUUCUGUGACGGAAAGCCAGACUACGCCGAGCGCCGGAGACGGAGUAUCUCUUUCGGACGUCGAAGCGACGAGGCUCGGGGAGAGGAGGGACUCGGGAGUAGGGGCUUCGCUUACCAGACCCAAUCGGUUACGAUGGCCCAGUUUUCAGAUAUCCAAUCGUCUCAGCCACUCGGUGGCGUCGCUGCAGAUAACCAACCAGUCGGCAGGCCAGCUGAGUUUGUUACAGAGGUUCUCUCUGCUGCGUCUCACUGCCAUCAUGGAAAAGUAUUCCUUGUCAAACAAGCACGGCUGGACCUGGGCAGUCCCAAAGUUCAUGAAGCGAAUGAAGGUGCCGGACUACAAGGAUAAGAAUGUGUUCGGCGUACCUCUGAUAGUGCAUGUGCAGCGCUCUGGACAACCGCUGCCCCUCGGCCUGCAGCAGGCCCUGCGGUACCUGAGGAGCCAGUGUCUUGACCAGGUGGGACUCUUUCGUAAAUCAGGGGUAAAGUCCAGAAUUCAAGCGCUGAGGCAGUUGAACGAAAGCUCCCCGGACAACGUGAACUACGAGGACCAGUCCGCUUACGACGUGGCAGACAUGGUGAAGCAGUUCUUCAGGGAUCUACCCGAGCCGCUGCUCACGAGCAAGCUGGGGGAAACCUUCCUCCAUAUCUACCAAUAUGUACCAAAGGAGCAAAGAUUGCAGGCUGUCCAGGCCGCCAUCAUGUUGAUGUCAGACGAAAACCGCGAGGUGCUGCAGACGUUGCUUUGUUUCCUGAGCGACGUCACGUCCUCGGUGAAGGAAAACCAGAUGACGCCCAUGAACAUUGCAGUGUGCCUGGCGCCCUCCCUUUUCCAUCUCAACAUCCUCAAGAAAGACAAUCUUUCCCCAAGGGCCAUGCAGAAGAAGUACGCGAGUGGCAGGCCAGACCAGAAGGACCUGAAUGAGAAUUUAGCAGCGACGCAGGGUCUCGCUCACAUGAUCACGGAGUGCAACCGGCUCUUCGAGAUCCCUCACGAAAUGGUUACGCAGUCGCGCAAUUCGUACGUGGAGGCUGACCUGCACGCGCCGAUGUUUGAGGAGCUCUUCAAGCAGCUGGAGGAUGACAACGGAACACACGAGAACCACAUGGAUGGCAGGCUGGAAAACCUGCUCAAGGAGGCCCGGGAAAAAUCCAAAUACUGGGUGUCGUGCAGCAGCUCCGAUAACACGGAGCUGUACUACAAAAAGGUAGGUGACGGGAACCCGCUGAGACGCUGGAGGGUGUCCGUCGAGGUGGAAGCGCCGCCGUCGGUCGUGUUGAACCGCGUGCUGCGAGAGCGCCACCUGUGGGAUGUCGAUUUGCUGCAGUGGAAAGUGUGCGAGACGCUGGACAAGCAGACGGAGGUGUUUCAGUACGUGCUCAAUCGGAUGCCGCCUCACCCCAGUCGAGACUUUGUGGUUCUCAGGUCCUGGAGGACAGACUUGCCCAAAGGCGCCUGUUCCCUAGUUUCGGUCUCAAUCGAGCACGAGGACUGUCCUCCCGUCGGAGCGGUACGAGCGAUUGCCCUGGAGUCCAAUUACCUGCUCGAGCCCUGCGGCUCAGGAAAGUCCAGGCUGACUCACGUUUGCCGAGUGGAUUUGAAGGGAAGGACUCCGGAAUGGUACAACAAAGCCUUUGGCCACAUCUGUGCCGCAGAAGCCGCUCGCAUCCGCAACUCUUUUCAGCCGCUCAUCGCAGACGGUCCAGAGACCAAAAUCUGAAACUUCUCAGCCUUUUCGUCAUGGUGAAGUCAAAGAGCAACGUUAAGAACGAAGGCGCAGUUGAAUAAUGCCGAGCUCCUCUGUAUUUGCACAAUUUACAAAUGAGGAGCGUAUUUACUCAUUGGGAAAUGAACCAUCCUGCCACAAUUGUCCAACUUUAUUGACUUUGAUAUCAGAGAAACCUCCAUAGUAUAACGUUGUGUCUGUAUAAUAAUGCAUUACUGUUGUAAUAUACAAUGUCGAGGACAUUCAAACUCUUCUACGCUUCUGGGAAGCAUGUACAUAUGAAUCAUUUGAAGAUUUAAAGCUAUAAUUAUUAUUAUUAUUAUUAUUAUUGUACGUGUAUAUAAAUGUGUGAAUAUACUGUACAUGCAAACAAGGUGUAUAUAUUUGGGAUAUUUGUGAAGGGAUUAAUAGUAUGGUAAUUUCCUAUAUAAUGAUUCAUCCUUAAAAAAAACAAAAAAACAAUGUAAACUGGUUUUACUUCAGUAUUGGAAUUCGUGUGUGUCAUUUGUUUGUUUGUUUUUUGGACCUCGUAUGGUUGCGAAUGACAUCAGGUUUGACUUGAUCAUACCUGCUCGUAGGGCAAUAAAAGACACGUUUGUCAGGAAUAGAA